AUGUCCAGCGACAAGCCCUUUCCGCCUCUCAAAUCCUCACAAAGCUCCCUUACGCAGUACAUGUCCACGAUAGACGACGCCGAACUGCAUGAAUACAAGUUUUCUACCGUCCAGGGUGUGCUGCUCGAGAUCCAGCUCCUCGGUGUCCAUGGUCCAACACCUCGCGGCGCCGCCGGGCUUGGCGCACUCACGCCCUUUAUUAGCUUUAUCGAUCGUUAUUCAAACGCCGUGGACAUGAUGGUGCAGAAUUUUGGCGCGCCGUCGUGUCUGAUAUGGGGAUGCUUGCGUGUCAUAUUGAAGGUCGGCCGGUCCGUAUCCUUCUUCUUUACCGACCUUCUUCGUCUUGUCGAGCGCUUUGGCACUCAACUCUGCCUAUAUAGCCGCUACGACGCACUUUUUGAUGGACACACCGACUUUAUGGCCGCCCUGUCCGACACCUACAUGGAUGCUCUCAUAUUCCUCCGCAAAGCGCGCGACGCAUUACGUGCGAAUGGAAGCGUGACGGCCUGGCUGCGCCGCGUCUGGACCAAUUUUGAGCAAGACUUUGACACAAUCACUGAGCGCCUCAGCCGCCGCCUCGAGCACCUCGACCAGCUAAGCACCUUUAUCCACAGAGAUGUCGCGCAUACCCAUAUGAAGACGCAGGAGGAGUUCCGUGCGCAGUCCACGCAGGCUCUGCAGGAUAAGCUUGACUGGGACAUGCUCUCUUGGCUAGCGCCGGUUGAUUAUGACGACGACUGGCGACGCGGAAGGCAGAUGUGCGCGCCCGACACCAGCCGCUGGAUAUUCCAGCACGCCGCGUUCAAGACGUGGCUCGACGACGCAAAGCCGCGUAUGGGAUGGGUCAUGGGCAGCGCGGGAAUGGGCAAGACGGUGCUCUGCGCCUCCGUGAUUGAUAAGCUCAGGGAUGAUGUCGCUGCCGACGGUGUGGUCGUGGCGCACUUCUUCUUUGACGAGAGGGACGACAGCCGUAACACGGCGCUGGCCAUGUACCGGACCGUGCUGGCGCAGUUUAUUGCGCAGCUACCGUCGUGCGCGGCGUGUAUACGGCCGGCGUUUGAGGUGUCCAAGAAAUACGGUCGACGGUGCAUGACGUGGUCAGACAGACCUGCGUACUUGUUGGAGCAGGUGCUGGCCGCGGCCACGUCGGCUUACAUGCUGCUGGAUGGACUAGAUGAGUGCAAGGGUAUGGAGGGACAACUGAGCGAGCUGUUGAGCCUACUCCAGUCACAACAAUGCCGCACUCUACUAUUCAGCACGGACGCACCGUGGAUCCGUGACAAGGUGGCCGCUUUCGAUCUCGUCACCAUGACUGUAACGCCGGACCUGACACGGCCAGAUAUCGAGGCCUACUUUACCAACGUCAUCAACAACCUUAACGUACCAGCACUCUCAGCUGACGAGAGACGCGCGCUGCUGAGUCAACUGUGCGGCGGCGCCGACGGCAUGUUCCUCUGCGCUCGUCUCCUCACCGGCGAGCUGCAGUCGGCAACGUGCCUCAACGACCUGUACGCCGCCGCCGCCGCCUAUCCCGGCUCUCUGAAUCAAUACUACGCCAUGAGGUUGGCAAAACUGGCCCAGGAGCCGCAGCGUGUGCAGACCCUGGCGCGGGGCGUCUUCAUGCGGGUCGUGUGCAGCCCACGACCGCUGACGUGGCCGGAGCUGCAGUGUAGUCUAUCUCUUGAGCCGGACGGGGCAGAUGUUCAAGGCAGCAAAGGUCGGCGUCCGUACAAAGCGGCUGUUCUGAGGGUAUGUCAGCCGUUCAUCGAGCAUGAUGCAGAAAGGGAUACCUUUCGGCCUGCAUAUCUUUCGGUGCAUCAGUUCCUGACGGCGCCGACGGACGAUUCGCCCUGCGUUGGGCUGCCGUUCCAUCUUGCGACUGGAAAUCAAUGCAUUGCCAAGAUUACGCUAGAUUACCUGAUGCAAAUUGGAAACCACGAGGUCGACCCAGACGCAUGCGCAUACCCUCUACAGGCGUACGCUACCUUGUACUGGUGCCAACAUCUCGUGGAUGCGCAGCUAGACGCGUCACUCCACCAAAAGGCAGUGCGAUUUCUGUCGUCGGAUGAGAAGCGCCGCGCCUGGCUCAUGCACUGGCUUCUUCUACGCCGCGAGGCCUUUCCCACGCAGGCCAUGAUUGGCAUACUCGGCCAGGUGCGGUGUCUUUUGGAAGAAUACAGCGACGGUGAUGGGCUCAAGAUGGACGAGCUCGAGGACAUGGUGGUUAUCCUCGCUGCGCUCGACGAGGCGCGCAUCCAGUCCCAACCCGCCGUGCCCAUCAGCCGCUCCGACAUGAUGAUGAUUAUCCGGGACCUCGCCCGCCUCUACACGGCAGCCGGUCGCAUCGACGACGGCAUCCGCCACUUGGUCGCCAGCAGGGAGCGUCUGGAUCGCGUUACAGGCGCGCGGCCGCACGACAGUGUCUGGCUCCUCAACGGCGUGGGCAUUCUUCACGACCAGGCCGGCCAUGUCGACCUAGCCAUCGCGACACAGCGCGAAGCCCUGGCAAUCCUGGAUGCAUCUGGCCUCUGCGGGGAGCUAGACAGGGUGCUGACAAUUAAUGAGCUUGGCCGGCUGUACCGUCACCAGAGCAGCUACGCGUCCUCGGAGGAGAUGCACCUGGAAGCGCUGCGCAUUCUCCAGCCCGCGCUGCCCGACACUGACGUGCAGGUCAUCUGGACAAAAGCACAUCUGGCGCGCUGCUACCGGCAGCAGGGCCGCUUUCGCGAAGCCUGUGUCUUGCACGAACAGGUCCACACCAUACGGGAAAGACUCAUCGGUGCUGAGCACCCGCACACGCUCUGGGAUCUAAGCGAUGUGGCAAAGUGCCGGAGCGACAUGGGCGACUUGGAUGCCGCGCUACGGCUGCAGGCGGAGUCGGUGCGCCUGCGAGAUGAGACGCUGGGGAAGCAUCACAAUGACACACUGUGGGCGCGGAACGACCUGGGCAUCAUGUAUGAGCGCGCGGGGAGGAGGCGGGACGCGCUGGAGGAGCAUCGACGGGCGUGGGAGGGGCAGGAGAUGACGCUGGGUGAGAAGCAUGGGACGACGAUGUGGAGUUUGCAGAGAAUACAGGAGUUGGAGACUAGUUUGCAGAACGAUGAAUAA